AAUAGGUAAGUGUUUUAGAUAUUAAUAAUUUUGUAGUAUAUUAUCAUUUAUUUGUUGAUUCAUUUUCAUUUGAAGUUCAAUCCACCGAGUAUGAUCUAUUUAAUCUAGAAUUCAAUGGGUUUGUGCUGAUUUUCAGUAAAGAUCUUGUCGUUAUGGAGAUUGUGCUUGAUCACGUGACCAAGCAACUGAAUGGUGUGUAAAGACCAACAUUGAAUAAGCGUUUACAACAAUACUUUAUUUACGUUUUUGUAGAGGACGGGUUCUAGCCGUAGAUAGUGAAGAUGCAUAAAAGUUACCAGUCGAUAUUACCCUCACACAACAAGCUUCUACAGAAGCGAUGGGACACGACAUAUUACGAUGAGCACAGACGAAAGGUCCGGACAGCUGCACCGAUGGUCGACACAAAAGCACCUCCUACCUAUAUGCAUCUUCACCUUAAGCUCAAAAAGCUACAGUUGGAGGAGGAGAGGCUAGCAACAAUAGAAAGAGACAACAGAAUUCUACUGGAAAAAAUGUCCUACAUCAUGAGAACUCGAGGCCGAGUAGACAAUAGGAAUAUGUACGAAUAUAAAAGCUUAAACAAAGAGAAGAGACAGCGUGAAUUGUUGCGUGUCACGAAGGAGAACCAGGCAAUAUUACAGAGAGUCACACUGAGGCAGCCCGAGUACAGUGCCAAACGCUGGGCAGAUGUCUGGGACGAAGAGCAGAAAUUCAUCGACAACAUCAGUCACUACCCCAAAGACUGGUGGCUCAUGAAAAAGGAGAGGACCAAGUCUAAACUUGACAGCCGAUCACAGAAGAAACGGACAAAAACUGAAAGUCCGGAGGAGAGAACGGAGCUUAAGGAGAAGGAGCAGCGUAGUAAGAGUCCAGAGGAAGCUCCGAAAAAACAGGAGAAAAAACAGGAGGAAAGAUCCGAGCUGAAAGAGAAGGAAUCCCCAAAGAAACAGGCGGAGGAAAAAACUGAGCUUAAAGAGAAACAGGAACAGAAAGAGGAGCAACAGAAGUCACAAUCCCCGGUUAAAGAAUCGGCAUCACCUACAAAAGACAGCGAGGAAACUCGGGAAGAAAUCGCAGAAUAAGUCAUUAACAGAGACUAGAAAUUCAUGUUCUCAAUGACCUCCAACUUGUUCAGACACUGAGACUUGUUCAUCUGAUAUACCCUUUUUUUUUUGGAAGAAGUUCAAACUUCUUUUCGUUCAAAACUGAGGUCUAAGAGGGAUGUCAGAUUUCAAAAGGAUAAUGUGUGUGAAAUGAAAACCCUGAACUGUCAAAAUCUAUUAAACUACUGUCACAAAUCUGGUGUAUUGCCGAUUAUCUUAUGAAGAAUUAUAUUCUUCUGACUGUGAAGAAUGUAUUUGUAUAUUAUGCACUAUAUAAAAUUUGUAAGAGCAGGAUAUAAGCUUUACGAACUAGUCCCCUUCAGGAGUUAAAAAAAAACUGUUUGAAAAUCAAGAACACAAAUACCUCCAGACACGUGAACUUAAGAGAAAUGCAAAAGGGUACUAUUGUUUGUAUUAAAUGUUUGUUAUGAAUAUGCAGAAAGUAUUACUGUUUUUCCUAUACAAAUGAUGUGUAAUGAUUGAUCAUGACAAUGAAAUUCCUGUGAAUUGUACAAUCACACACAGACUUGUGAUAUGCUGUGAAUUUGAUUCACGUCUUUUGAUACAGACUUCGAUCUUGUUGGUGAUUUUAUUUUUUGCUUUGUUUGCUGUAUGUACCUGUGAUAAUAGCGAUAGAUUUUUAUACCUCUGUUCCUCAUUGUCUUGUUGCUGGCAGUGAUAUGGACUCCAUUUUGCUUGCGUAAGCCAUUUUUAACUUUUGGAAAAUUAACUUGAUUAAGUUUUGAAAUUCAACUUAAGUUGUAUGUUGUUUGUUUAUUGCCUGAAUAGUGAAUCACUGUUUGUUGAUUGGAGAAUCUUGUUGGUCUAAAUUUCGAAUUUUUUAAAGAUUCACGAGGUCUUUAACGUCUUCGAUUAACAUAUGUUACUGUUAAAGAAUUUAGUUGGGAAUAAUUUGGAUAAAACUGCGAAGAGGCAUUAUUAUUGACUAGAAUGUAUCAUGGUCCAAUUUUCCAUCAUGGUGGAUCUGUGAAACAUCUGCAACUGUCGUGUAUCUUGAUCAGUAUUUCAUGUAUGUUACAUGUAAAAAGCUAGUUAGAACUUAUGUACUUAGUCUAUUUUUAUUUUAAAUCCUUUUUCAAUGAUUGAAUAAACUUCGUUAACAUUAAA